AUGUGGGCCGCGCUGGCGCUGGUCGCCGUCGCCGCGGCGGCCAAGGAGCCCGCGAAAUACUGGGACGAGACGGCGCACCGCACCGUGGACCACUCGCACCGCGACAGCGAGCACGAGCACUACGCCCAGCAGCGGUCGCGCGUCGAGCGGGCCGUCGGCGCCUACCGCUUCUACGUCUACGGCGGCGGCGCCUUCGACGCGAUGACGACGGACCUCCUCCGAGGGCGGGAGCACAAGGUCGACGACCUCUACGUGCUCGCCGAGGACAAGGUCGAGCUGUGGACGCACCGCGCGCUGCUCAACGACUCGCGGCGCACGGACGACCCCGCGGACGCGGACGUCUUCUUCGUGCCGGCCUACCUGACGCUGUCGACGCUCGUCUCCGCGCACAACCACGCCCGGCGCCUCGCCGCCAUGCUCGAGGCGCUCGCGGGCGCGUACUACUUCCGGCGCCGCGGCGGCGCGGACCACGUCUUCGGCUACUCGGGGACGAACCCCGGCACGGCGAAGCGCGUGGGCUUCCCGGACGUGCAGAAGGUGCUCCACCGCGCCUGGUUCGGCACCUUCGAGAUGAACCCGGCCUGGGUCGGCGCGGACCGGCCGACGCCGCGCGAGCUCGCGACGUCGAAUUCGACCGUCCUGGACCGCAUGGUGCCCAUGCCCUACGUCGUCGACGCGUCCAAGCUCGCGGGCCCGGCGGAGCAGCGCGACACGAACGUGCACCAGCACGAGAUCUCCGUCUUCUUCGCCGCCAACGGGCGGCCCCAGGCGACGAAGUGGUCCGGCUGCAACCGGUCGACGGCGCUCGGGCUCAAGGCGCUGCCCAAGGCGGCGAUCCACGUCUCCGCGGGCCGCGCGCGCCGGCGGCGGCUCGCGCGGCGCCUCGUCGACGGCCUGCGGCGCGCGUCGGACCGCCUCUUCGGCCGGCGCCUCGCGGACGCGCACAAGGUGCUCGUGGAAUCCAAGUUCGCGCACGCGAUGCGCGUCUCCGACUUCUGCCUCGUCAUGUGCGGCGACACGCCGACGUCGCGCCGCAUCUUCGACUCCAUCGUCGCCGACUGCGUGCCCCUGAUCGGCUUCCCGCGGUCCCAGAUCUCCCAGAGCACGAUCGCGUAA